AUGAGAAGCAUCACGAUCUCCUCGAGCAGCAGCAAUGGAUUUAUUGACUUAAUGAAGAUCAAAGUCGCAGCUCGCCAUAUCUCUUAUCGAACCCUUUUUCAUACUAUACUUAUUCUUGCUUUCUUAUUACCUUUUGUAUUCAUUCUUACUGCUGUGGUUACGCUUGAAGGAGUCAACAAGUGCUCCUCAUUUGAUUGUUUGGGUAGGCGGUUAGGACCGAGGCUUCUUGGUAGAGUAGAUGAUUCAGGGAGGCUGGUUAAAGACUUUUACAAGAUACUCAAUCAAGUAAAAAAUGAGGAAAUCCCAGAUGGUUUAAAGCUCCCGGCUUCUUUCAACCACCUUGUUUCUGAAAUGAAGAACAAUCAGUAUGAUGCAAGGACAUUUGCAUUCAUGUUGAAGGCUAUGAUGGAAAAAUUGGAAAGAGAAAUUAGGGAAUCUAAAUUUGCGGAGCUGAUGAAUAAACACUUUGCUGCAAGCUCCAUCCCAAAAAGCAUUCAUUGUCUCUCUUUACGUCUGACUGAUGAAUAUUCCUCUAAUGCUCAUGCGCGUAAACAAUUGCCUUCUCCAGAGUUCCUUCCUUUGCUCUCCGACAACUCUUGCCACCACUUUGUCCUUUCAACUGAUAACAUUUUGGCUGCCUCAGUUGUUGUCACUUCUACUGUCCAGUCAUCUCUAAAGCCUGACAGGAUAGUAUUUCACAUCAUCACUGACAAGAAAACGUAUGCGGGUAUGCACUCGUGGUUUGCACUAAACCCAGCCUCUCCUGCUAUUGUUGAAGUGAAAGGUGUUCACCAGUUUGACUGGUUAACAAGAGAGAAUGUUCCAGUGCUUGAAGCUGUAGAGAAUCAUAAUGGUAUCAGGAAUUAUUACCAUGGGAAUCAUAUUGCAGGGGCAAAUCUUAGUGAUACAACUCCUCGAAGAUUUGCUUCAAAAUUGCAGGCUAGAAGUCCGAAGUAUAUAUCAUUACUCAACCAUCUUCGCAUAUAUAUACCUGAGCUCUUUCCAAACCUCGACAAGGUGGUGUUUUUAGAUGAUGAUGUCGUAAUUCAGCGUGAUUUGUCUCCACUUUUUGAAAUUGACCUUCGGGGAAAGGUCAAUGGAGCUGUAGAAACUUGUAAAGGUGAAGAUGAGUGGGUAAUGUCUAAGCAUUUCAAGAACUACUUCAAUUUUUCACAUCCCCUCAUUGCAAAGAAUUUGGACCCUGAUGAAUGUGCAUGGGCUUAUGGAAUGAAUAUAUUUGAUCUCCGUGCAUGGAGGAAAACAAAUAUAAGAGAAACCUACCAUUCCUGGCUGAAAGAGAACUUGAAGUCAAACCUGACAAUGUGGAAACUUGGAACCCUACCACCAGCUUUGAUUGCAUUUAAAGGUCAUGUUCAUCCAAUCGAUCCGUUCUGGCAUAUGCUUGGGUUGGGAUAUCAGAAUAAGACAAAUAUUGAGAGUGUAAAGAAGGCUGCAGUUAUCCACUACAAUGGUCAGUCAAAACCUUGGUUGGACAUUGGCUUUGAGCAUCUACGACCAUUUUGGACCAAGUAUGUGAAUUACUCCAAUGAUUUUAUAAGUAACUGCCACAUCCUGGAUUCAGUUUGA